GCCUUUCGUUUUUUCUUCUGUUUCCAAUAUUCUUAAUCUCUUUUUUGUUUUUUAUUUUUUAAUUCGCUAUAUUCUUCCUGUCAAAAUAAUUCACCCACCCAUUCAAAACGCACGCACACAAAAUGGCAUCGAUUGCUGAAGAAAUUGUCGAAAACGACGACACGAAGAGUGUAGUCAACCUCGGGCGCACGGGUGUGUACCUCUCGGCCAUCGAGGGCGACGUGCGUACGCUGAUGCGCACGUUCCAGCGCCUACAAGCGUACGACAUUGUGUCCUUUUGCGAAGUAUGGAAGGCGCUGAAUUUUUCCCUGAUCCAUUUUGUCGCAACAGAAAAAAACUCGCGACAGAACUUUAUGCGCACAGCAUACCGGCUGAUUCUCGGCCACUUCCAGGCCGACGCAAUUCUGGAGAUCCGCAUUGGCGUGAUCUAUGCCCUGUACCUGAUGUACUUUACACAGCCCGUGAACUUCCCCAAUAUUGGGAUCCGGGUGCCCAUGGAUAUUUGGAUUCAGCUGACCAAGCUGUACCAGUACUGCAACGAGGCCGAGAUCCGCGAUGUCGUCUAUGUGUUUGAUCGGCUAAUGGGCGACGGUGCCUUUGAGCUGGUGGCGUGGCUGGACGAAAACGAGGGUGUGUUGCGGCUGGACGGCGACGAGGAUGGUGUCAGCGCCAAGGUUGCGUCGCGGCUAGCACAGGUCGAGCACGAAGUGAUGGGAUCCGCACAGGGAAACCUCGGCGACCUGGCGGGCAGCAAGCGGCAGAUUGAGCUGGCCGAAACAGUUUGGCACGAAUUCAACCCCGACGACGAUCUUCCGGGUGCUGUGCCGCUGGAUAUUUCUGACCAGGACACAGCGUGGGCGGCUGCCAUUUUUGAGCGCGCCCGCGAGUAUCAGCGUCAGAGAGCGGAGCGUGUGGGCGCUGUGGCAGAAGACGAUGGCAGCUUGAGGUUGAUGGCAGAUUACUCCGAGUCGCGUAAUCUGGGCAAUGUGUCGUCGCUUGCGGCUGGCCAGCACCGCCGCAUAGAUCUGGGAGGUAUUGACUAUGGAAACAGGAACAAUGAGGUCGUGUCUACGCCCAUUAGAGCCAUUUAUAGGGCUGAUCAGAUGCACAAGAUGCGGUCGCAGCGGCCUGAGCUCUGGCCAUAGGCGCACAGUUCGAGGGUUUGAAGACAUUACGGGAGGAGGGAAAGGCGCUGUUUUAGGGCGAGAAAAAAGGGUGCUAAUUUUUUUUUAAAAUGUCGCGUUUUUUUUCUUUUCGAAAAUCUUUUUUAUUUAUUUAUUUUAGACAGCCCGCGUCUUGCCACCUGUCUCUUUUUUCUUUUUAAUUUGGCU